UUAGUAUAAAGAUAAAACGAUACACUUUGAAUAGCCGGUAUUGAGUGUAAGACGGACAUUCAACACGGGCACAUCACAUUUCAAAAGCUGCCAAAACAGAAUUAACAGACAAUUAAGACAAAUGACAGAGAACGUGAGUCUUGAUCGCAGUACACCGCAAGGUAAACAAAACUACGACAUUCUUAAGAAAACUUUAAUCGGAGAAGCUGCCAGCGAAAGCGAAGAAGGUCAAAGAGCUAUUUGCUGGGUUAUUUACAACCGUGUCAGAGGCAACAAAACCUACUGGUACGAUGCGUUCGAAGGCAACAACAUCGCUGGAGUCUGCUUGGCAGAGAACCAGUUUGAGUGUUGGAAUCCAGGAGAAGAGAGUGACGAUCUGAUCAAAAAUUUAAAUACGUCUUGGGCAAAGAAGAAAAUGGCUGAAAUUGACGAGUGGCUUCCAAGAGUUUUUGAAGAACAAAAUCCGAUCGGUGAAUGUGACCAUUACAACAAUCCGAAUAAAAAAAAAGACUGGAAAGAACUAAGCUGUAUAAACAAUCUUGAUUUUGUCAAAACAAUCGGAAAUCAUCAUUUUUACAGGACAAAACCAAAAUAGGCCUACCGCUAAUAAUUAGCAUGCACCAAAUACUCAAAUUUGGUCAUUUUUCUUGUUUUCUUCGUCGUCAUACUAUCUCAAACAGAAAAAUAAUACACGGCUGAUCUAUUUCA